UUUAAAGAGUGUAGAAACCAAUCGUAAUAAAGAAAUCUCGUUGAGCUGCUUUUUCCUAAGUUUCCGUUGAACGCAGCCAAUCGGCUGGCGAAUGCGACUUGAAUUCAUCGGAAAAAAAUCACCUCUCGUUUCACCAUGCAUGCAUGAGUGUGUACGGAAAAAAACACCCACGAAGAAAAUAAAAUUUUAUCGUGUAUAAAAUUAGAUAUAAUUAGAUGUAAUUUUUCAUGAAAUAUUGUUAUAUUCCUGAUAAACAAAUGUUAGAAAAAUAAAAUUGUAAUAAAUGCAUUUUUUCCUAAAAUAUGCGUUUAUUCAUUAGUUUCCUUGUAUCAUAUCGAGGAAAAUCUGGUUUCUGGAAAAUACGUGCAGUGAUGAGUAACGCAGUUUGACAGCAGGGAAAUCGAAACGUCGAUUGUCCUUUAAUCGCCUUAAUUGUACAGCAAUAAAUAUAAUUUAUAUUAAGAAUGGCAAAAAUCAACGAAGACGUGUAUCUAGAACAUAUCCCGUCAACAGUAUACAACGAAUUGAUUUACGAGUUGAACAAGAACUCUAGCUGGCAGGUACUCGCUUGUCACGUAGCCAAACAACUUGGAUAUCAUUGGAAGUCGUGGCUACAGUCAUUAGAACGGAAUACCAGUGCUACGAAAACACCAGCGGACAAUCUACUGUUUGAGCUCAAUGUAAAAAUGUGCACAGUUGGAAUACUAUGCACGUUGCUCAGAGACUGCGAACUUGGCGAUGCUUUGUCAGUUUUACAUUAUCCAGAGGAAUCAGUAAUUGUUAAACAUCCUGCCGAUGAUAUGGGACGUGACACUUUAGAAAUAUCCCUUGGCCAGCAUCUUCGUCUUUCUUGCAAAGCUACAGGUAUACCAUCGCCGAGUUACCAAUGGUGUUGCAAUAACAUUGAGCUGCACGAACAGCAAAGUUGCGAACUUGACAUCGUUAUAAAUAGCCACGAUCAAGCUGGAGAGUAUAACUGCAAAAUCUCACAAGUCACCGAUGAUGAAGGAGCAGUAUUGCUAACGAGAUCAGUUUUUGUAAAUAUAUCUCACGUGCCUGUGGUUAUACAGCAGCAACCGCCUGCUUUCUUGGAGCUUAAGGAAGAUGAAGAUUUUUUAAUUAAAUGUGUAGCGCAUGGUCAUCCUGAACCACGUUAUCAGUGGUUCAGAGAUAAUACAAGACUAGAAGGAGAAACAUCUAAUGUAUUGCACAUAAAACGGUUUGGCUCUAAGGAUGAAGGAAAAUAUUAUUGCUUCAUAAGCAAUGAUGUGAAUGAGGUAAUCACUCAAGAAAGUCGCGUAAUGCUCGAUCUUCCGCGUGAAAAGGCAAUUGCAAAAAUAGCUUUGGUCAUUGCAAAUUGCGAUUAUGAAAAUCACAUGUGUCUAGAGACACCCAAAAACGAUGCUGCACAAAUUGGUGAACUAUUAAAGGGGAUGGAUUUUGAAGUAAUGUCCUUUGUAAACUUGUCACUUGAACAGAUGAAGAAUGCUAUAAAGACAUUUGGGGAAUUUUUAAUGGAAGGAGUUUAUGGAUUGUUCUACUAUGCUGGGCAUGGUUUUAAAAUGCAAGAAAGUUAUAUGCUUGCUGUCGACGCGCCAGAAUCUUAUUUAAGAAAAGACGCGAUUUGCGAGAGCGAAUUGCUAGCUAUAUCAUUAAAAAAUGAACCUGCUCUUUUAGUAACGAUACUGGACAUGUGUCAAACUGUACCACCAAAAGAAUGUAAUCCUGAUAUUCAUAAUGAAAUACCUAAAGUCAAAGAAUAUAAGAGUAAGAAACAUCUACGAAAUUUAGUACAAGCAUAUUCCACAUCUAGCCAUCGUCCUAGUUAUGAAAGAGCAAAAAACAAGUAUGGAUUCUAUACAAUGCAUCUGAGUGAAUAUAUCAGUAAAAAUAUCCCAGUCACCAAAGUAUUUGAAGAAGUAGGAAAAUCAUUAGAUAAAUUGUUAAAGGGAAAAGAACGUAACCAAAUUCCAUGGUUUGCCUUUAACAUUACUAAACCUUUUCGUCUCACUGAUGCAAUUUGCAAAAGAAAUCUAUCGCCCGCGUUGAAGUGUUUAAAUAAAUUAAUAGCUUUUCCAAGUAAAUCUUUUGAAAUAAACCUCAAUCAAGCUGGUAUUUCUGCCAAAGUUAAUAUCUCGUUAUUUAUGGAGCCUUAUUUAAAUAUAAUUAAGAUUUCAGUGUGUAAUUUAGACGAUUUGGAAGUAAAUUUUUUUAACUCUGUGUAUACAAAACAGAAUAAGUUGUUCCAAACUGCAAACUCCAAAGCAUGUUGGAUACAUAAUCCACAAAUCUAUCAGGGAUUGUUGAUUGUAUCCGUUAACAAAAACGGAGCGCUUAUUGACGGAAUAAAGUUGGACAUUAAAAAUUAUAUUCCAUUAGUAUUAAAAAAGAUCAGCUAACAUGUACAGAAUAUACAAACUUAAUUGAUAUACUUCAAUUGUGAAUAAAAUAUGAUUUAUAUUAUAUAUACAUAUAUGAAAUAUAAUAUAAUGUAAAUUUGUAAAUA